AUGCCUAUCCCCGACCCCGACCGCCCCGUCUCUCGGGGCACCUAUACCUCCCCGGCCCCGCCGAGCCCACGGCCAUCAGUAGCCAGCCGAGCCAGCAAGUCAAGCUUGCGGCGAGAACAAGAACGGCAAGGAACACCGCCCAUUCACCCCCGACCAACGUCCGCGGCGUACUCACGCCCCCACACACCGCACACAACAGCGGUUGCGCCCGCCGAAGAGCCCGCUCGCGCACCGUCUCCCCCGCCACCGCCCCCUCCCAAACCAACCCAGCAACCCUUCUCACCCGUCUUCGCCCUCCUCAACUCCACCUCCCACGCCUCCAACCGCCAAACAAUCCACCACCCCACAGUCCACUACAUCUUCGCCGACGACGACCCGGAGCGGCUCACGGCCGCGCUCGCGCACCACCACGGCGCGGCCUCCUACGACGGCAACGGCAGCGAGGUGCCCGACCGCGGGGUUCUUCUAGACCUGGAGCCGACGGCCGACGGCGCGGGAUACGAGGUGGCGUGGGCCAGCAGCCUGACGGCGGACUGGGCCGCGACGAGCGCGCGCGUAAGCCGCAUGGAAGAGGGCGCCGCCGGGGGGGCCACCGUGCCCGGGCUGGGGGGCAACCUGGUGCUGAAGAUUGAGGGGGUGAGCCUGGAGCCGGCGGCAGUUGGUGGUGGUGGUGGUGGCGGCGCCUCCGGUCCCCUGGGCAAGGGGUCGACGUCGACGCCCGAGGCUGAAAUGCAUUCCUCUGGUGGUAGUAUGGGACGGGGGAGGUCGGCGCCGGCGUCGGAGGGGUAUGCCGACCUGCUGCAGGAUUUCGAGAAGCGGAUGGCGACGCUGCGGAAGGUGGUCGAGGCCGGCGCGGCUAGGCAGCGGGCGCUGGGCGGAGCCGGUGACGGACAGCUUGUAGGGGCCGCCCCGGGGGACGUGGUGCCCGCCUCGUCUCGGCCUCAGACAGGCGGCAACGAUACGCAGGGUUGA